AUGCAGCCGCAGCACCCCCCUGGCGCCGGCUACGGCCAGCCCGCCCCCUACGGCGCUCAACACCCGCAGCAGAUGUACCCGACUCCCCCGCAGCAGCCACCACCAAUGCAGCCCAUGCAACCAAUGCAGCCUGGCAACCCUGGUUUGCACCAAACGCACACCACGAUGCAGUCUGGAUAUCCUCACAUGCCUGCCAUGCAACCCGGUGCUGGCAUGGGGACUGCCAGUGACGUGGAUGGGUUCUUCUCCUCUGUAGCCACAAACUACAUAGGUAGUCAGUUCUUGCAGGGAGGCCAGAGCUAUGUGCAAAGGGUGCAACAGCGAAUGGGUUGGCUAUCAGGCUCGUUAAUGAACUACUACUUUGCCAUCAGUGGGGAGUAUGUUCAAAACAAGCUGCUGAUGUUGGCUGCACCCUACCUCCGGAGAUGGAGUUAUUCUCGGCUGCCAGAACAGAUCGCUGGUGGGCCGAAAUAUCGGCCCCCAAGGGCAGAUGUGAACUGCCCAGAUCUGUACAUCCCUCUGAUGGCGUUCUUCACAUACUGCUGGCUUGCCUGCCUGCCAGGUGUCCAUGAUGGCAAGUUCUCCCCCGACCUCAUGUAUGCCAGGGCUUAUAGGGGGCUGAUCGGUUGGAUCGUCUUGUUUCUGGUCCUGAAGUGCAUGGUGUACGCGAUGUCGUUACCAUCAUCAUUGCCGAUGUUGGAGGCGAUAGCAUUUUCAGGCUAUGCAUUUGUGCAGCUGUCAAUCAUGGCACUUGCAACCCUCUCUGGUGGUGAGCCCCCCUUGCUUGAGGACCCCCAUGCUCAAUGCUGUGGUGAUCCCUGA